UAAAUCUUAAUAUAUUACAAGUGGGGUUGAACUCAUUAUCUCUCUUGUACUGCCCAUUUUUGCCAGGCCAAGCUGGCAAGGACUUUUAAUUGUUUUGCUUCCCUUAUGUCUAUAAGCAAUUAAUGCAUCCCAAUGGACUGGUCGCUCAUUGAAUUCUCUAUACAUCAGAGGCAAAGAUUUCUGUAGAAAUAACUACAAAAUUGUGCUAAAUAAAGUGUUCUUGGCCACACCAAAGAGAAGACCUGGAGGCAAACUGAGUUAGAUGGGCUCACAUUUUACCAACAUCAUCAUCAUCAUCAUCAUCAUUCAUCCUCCUUUCAAAUCUGACAACCCAUGUUACUCUCAUAAUAACAAAACUUAUCCACCUAACACUUUCAAUUCUUCGAAAUCAUUCCAGAAAUUUUCCCAGAAACCGAAAAAGAAAUAUGAGACAUAUUCAACUGCGAUUAUGCCUUCUCUUCUUCAUUUUCACUCCUUUAACACAAGCAAAAUCCGUCAUUGAGCCCUGUAACACUUCUGAUUCUUGCCUUUCUCUUCUCUCUUAUCUGUUACCUUUUGACUCUAAGCUUUCAGAAAUCGCCUACCGUUUUCAAUUAAAUGUUUCCGAUUUAUUAGCCGCCAACUCCAUCGACCCAGCUAAUACUCCUUCCCUAGGAAACCAAAUUCUUCGUGCAAAUUCUCUUGUCAAAGUGCCCGUUUUGUGCCCUUGUGUGGAUGGCAUCAGACGCUCCGUAUCAACAGCUUACACUGUCCGGGCGGCGGACACUGUUGAUUCUAUAUUGGAGGAAUUCGGAGGGCUUGUGAGCUCUGAGCAAGUGAGGAGUUUCAAUGGGAUCAAUGCCACGAAUCCGCUGACAAGUGGGGAGAGCUUGGUGAUUCCUUUGCCGUGCACUUGCUUUAACAACAGUAACAAUGGUGUCGCCGCCGUGUAUCUGUCAUAUGUGGUGCAGAAAGGGGAGAGUUUGGGCAGAAUUAGCCAGGUUUUUGGGACUACGGUGGCCGACCUGGGGGCUGUUAAUGGACUACUUGGCCAACCUGGAGUUGAACCUGGAGACAUACUGGCAGUUCCGAUUCCAGCAUGUUCAUCAGCAAAUCUUAAAUGGUACAACGAGAGUCUCAUUGUUCCAAAUGGCUCUUAUGCUCUUACUGCCUCCAAUUGUAUCAAAUGCACUUGUGGAGGAACCCAUCUCAAUUUGCAAUGUGCACCUUCUGGUAUGGUACCUUCCUGCUCCCAUUUACAGUGCCAAGGAUCCAACCUCUUCAUCGGCGACUCUUACGUAGAUCGCACACGCAUCGGAUGCAAUAUCACUACCUGUGUUUAUCGUGGCCACAAUGGUGGCAAAAUUUUCAGAAGUUUAUCAAAUUCUUCAAACGUAAAAUGCCCUGGUAACCAAAGUGAUAAGGCAGUGCCAGCAAGUGUGUCUCCAUCAUCUAAUCUGACCGUUCCAGUCAUAAUAUUAUCCCCGUCUCCAUCACCAUCACCAUCUUCUUCUUCUAAUCCAACCAGGGGAAUGAACAACACAAACCCUGCAAGCAAACGAACUUCCAACUCUUCUAGCCAUGGAAGCAGAUUGCUUGGUCAAGCUAUAUUAUUUUACGUUUUGCUGCCUUUAGAAUUGGUCCUCUGUUUUAUAUAUUUCUUAUGAUUUUUUCUUUUAUUUUUUUUGUGUUAGCACUUCAACAAUGAUACGAAAUUAAGGGAUCUUGGGCAUAUAUUGUACUUGUUCUCUGUCGACAUGCAUAUAUAAUUUUUUUUAAAACUCUCUGGAGUAAAAUUUGUGGAAA